AGCUAAAUUUAUUGAGAAUGAUGGAUGAGAUUUGUAAUUUCAUAUAUAGAUUGAAACCGGCUUUCUUUAUGGUAGUGGUUCAAGUGGCAUAUGCUGUUGUCAAUGUUUUGUAUAAACUUGCAGCUAAUGAUGGAAUGAGCUUGAGUGUUAUUGUUGCUUAUCGAUUCAUUUUUGCCACCGUUUUUAUGGUCCCUCUUGCUCUUAUUCUCGAAAGGAAUAGCAGACCAAAACUUACUUGGACGAUACUCUUUCAAGCUUUUCUUUGUAGCUUAAUUGGGGGAUCACUACAUCAACAUUUGCACUUGACGGGCAUGGCCUUCACAACUGCAACGUUUGCCACGGCCAUGAGCAAUCUCAUUCCAGCCAUCACUUUCUUUUUGGCUUUUUCUUUCGGACUAGAGAAGGUGGGAAUAAGGACAUUGGCUGGAAAAGCAAAAGUGUUGGGAACAUUUAUUGGAAUAGGUGGGGCGAUGCUCCUCACUUUCUACAAGGGAGUUGAGAUUAAAAUCUGGUCUACAAAUAUUAACAUUCUGCAUCAUGCCGCCACACAGCAUACCGAAUCUAAUAAAUUCCUCUUUGGAUGUUUAUUGGUUCUCGCUAGUUGCUUCACUUACGCUUCCUGGUUGAUCAUUCAGGCUAAAAUGAGUGAGCAAUACCCUUGUCACUACUCAACCACAGCUCUGGUGUCUCUAAUGGCAGCAAUAGAGUCUGUUGUGUUUGCCCUUUUCAGGGAAACAGAUUGGAAUCAGUGGAAGUUGGGCUUCAAUAUUAGGCUUCUUACUGUUGCUUAUACUGGAAUUGUUUCUUCUGGUUUGUUGAUGACCUUGAUAUUCUGGUGUGUGCGUAUGAAGGGGCCUUUAUUUGUAUCUUCCUUCAACCCUCUUAUGCUUGUGGUAGUAGCCUUUCUUGGUUCGUUAAUACUGAACGAGACCCUUCACUUGGGCAGUAUAUUAGGUUCAACCAUGAUCGUCUGUGGACUUUAUGCGAUACUGUGGGGUAAAGGUAAGGAGAUGAAGAAAAUUACUCAGUUGGUGCCGACCAAAAGCUCUACAGGAUCUCAGACGGUUGAUAUAAUUCAGUUGGUGUCAUCUAAAAGAUCUGGAGAUUCUCAAUCAACUGAGAUUGUUAUGGACUCUCCAAUUGAUUACACCUCCAACAAAAAUAAAUACAACAAUAACAUCAAUUAA